GAUGAAACAGAAUAAGUUCGACUGAAACAGUUUUAACAACAUGUCUUGUAACAGCGAAGCACCUUACAUUGUUGGAAUAUCAGCACUAUUUGUUCAUAUUGUGUGACUGUGACUGUGAUAUAUUUGGGUGUUGAUUCUGGAUACGACAUGGUGUGAAGUGAUGUGAAGGUGGCGCGGAAAUGUAGCAGGAAAACAUGUCAUAUCAGUAAAGGGAGUGGAAAUCGCGUUCAUCAUUGACAGAGAAGCUAAAUAAAUGCUGCUAUUUACUGUAGAUAGAUGUGUUAGUGUGGCCCUCAUGAGACAAUACAUUCAGAAUUUAUUUAAGUGUAAGCUUUAACAAAAGCUGUGUAAAGUUGUCAAGUGGGAUCUGGGUGUAUUGACAACAGCAUCGACAGUCAACAAUACGGCACGAGAGUAACCGAUUCUGCCAGCAUUGGAUUUAAGAUCAUGUUCCGCUAUUGCGCUUUCCGAUCAAUACAUCUGUGUUUAAUUUUCUUCUACUAAUUGUAGCGUCGACAUACAGAGAAAAAUAUAUGAUUGAAAAAAAAAUAUAUGGGAGAUUUAUAGAAAUUCAAAAUGAAUCAAAUAUAUUCUUUGGACUGAUUAAAAGGAUCCGGUAGAACAAUAUCUAAAUGUACACUUCAGUUAUCAAUAUUUAUAUAUCAGCAUUGAUUCACUAAACAAAUAUUUCCCGAUGCUCACCAUACAUGACCAUUUCAUUGUUGAUCCGUUUAUUGGACAUAGCUAAACGGUACUCAAUAUUUACAGAACAGAUGUCGGAGUAAACCUCAAAAAAUGUGAUUCUUGUGAUGUGACUGGAGGCUGAAACAAGGUAAAAUGUUGCAGAAUGGGAGAUUAAAACCUGAAAUCUCUAUUGAAAGUGAGAAAGUUCCGUUAAAUACAAAUAAAUGUGAGCCGGAAUAUAUAACCCUAGAAGAGGUGAGUCAGAAGAUUUUUGAAACGCAAUUAUCUGAAGAAGAAGAAAGGAUAGUUUUAAAUGUAGGCGGGGUAAGACACGAGACACAUGUAAGCACGUUGCAAAAUAUACCAGACACCCGCCUUGCCAAUUUAGCCGAACAACACGUGUUUGCCGAACGACAAAAAGAUGUGUAUUUCUUUGAUAGACACCCAGCUGUUUUCAACUCCGUUAUUGACUUUUACAGAACUGGUGAGUUACACGUACCUCUUGAAGUUUGUGGAGCGGUAGUUAAACGUGAGUUGGAUUACUGGCAGAUUAACGAGAAUCAUAUAAAGUCUUGUUGUUGGAGAACAUACAGAUCCUACAUUGAAAACAAAAGAAUUCUUGACUCAUUCAAUCGUAGCAUUCUGAGAGAGCAUGUAAAAGUGGAUCUUGACAGUUUAAAAGGCUGGAAAAGGUUUCAGACGAAAGUAUGGCUUAUACUAGAGCACCCACGUACAUCAAGAACAGCUAUGGUGUAUGGUGUAAUAUCGUUGCUGUUUGUCGUGGCGUCAAUAUCAGGUUUCUGCUUGGAGACGCUUCCAAAGCUAAAGCCAAAGGUUCAGCCUAUAAAUAAAACAGAAGCGAAUGCGAGCAAAGGUGGGUGUGAAGGAGAUACGAGUGUAAAAUAUUUGUUGACUCCAAACCCUUCACUUCAAACAUUAGACACGAUCUGUACAAUUUAUUUCACGAUAGAGCUUAUUGUACGGUUCACCUUUGCGUUGAACAAACUGCGGUUCGUAAGAUCAGCAAUGAACAUAAUUGACCUUCUUGCUUUAGUGCCUCUAUACAUGCAGCUUAUUCUCAACAUGGAGAGUUUUAAAUUUUGUUUUGUCAAUGAAAGACUCAUGAUAGAGAUCAUGUUUAUAUUACGUAUCAUCAGAAUGUUUCGUAUAUUCCAUCUUGUUAAGCAUUACCAGGCUUUGCAGAUUUUGGUGUACGCCCUUAAAGCCAGUAUACAGGAGUUGCUCAUGUUAGGAAUAUUUCUACUAAUCGGAAUGUUAGUGUUUGCUACUAUGAUAUACUAUGCAGAAAGAAAAGAUGCCGUUAAUCCAAGUGAUCAAUUUACAACCAUUCCGAUAGGGUUUUGGUGGGCUAUUAUCACUAUGACAACGUUAGGGUACGGUGAUAUUUACCCCACGACGUCAAUUGGUUAUGUUGUUGGUGCGUCAUGCGCAGUGAGUGGCGUUCUUCUAGUUGCUCUUACAUUUCCGGUAAUAUCAAACAACUUCACACUAUUCUACACACAUGUGCGGUCUCGAAGUGGACGUAUAGAUCCAAAUAAACCGCAAACGUCUGCAAGUGACGUUGGCAUUUAUGAAUCUGACGAUGACGAUGACAACAAAAUGUUGUAUCAAAAUGCUCGGCGUACUUCAAACGGAUCUAUAAUCUUAAACAAUCGAAGUUUUGUGCUAUCGCGUAACGUGUCCGGGAUAACUGAAGUUUGCAGUAACGUAGGUCAGAAUGGAAAUCUCCGUUACAAGGCACAUAAAGACGCGAGUUCGAUGAUGGAUGUGAUAGUUAAACGUGACGAUUCGUCUUUGUUUACAAGGACAAGUUCAAUAAAAGCCCAUUCUGACGAUGGUGUUAUGUAUAUAGGCGAGUCUAAUAUGUUAUGAGAUAUACUGCUAUAUUUUACUUUUAUUUUUGAAAAUACAUUUUUCUCUAUCUUUCCCUAUAUACACAUUAUAUUAUACCUGUUUUAGAAUAUAGAGUCACGUCAAUCUUUUUACAAUGUUUGAAAGAAAAACAUAUUGGAUUUUUAUGUGUACACCAGUAUUAAGAAAGUAAACAUAAUUAAAGUUGUUGUUGUUUUGAUAUAUAUGUUUUAUAUUUAUCUAAAAAUUUAUAAUCUUAGAAUUGUUAUUCAUUCAUAAGAAAAGAUAUUGCAUUGUGUAAAGGUAAUUUUGAUGUUUUGAGUUCAUGUCAUUUUAAUCAGCGUUCCUUGUUACCAUGAUAGGAACAUAUAUCAUUAACAUAUACGAGUGACAAAGUAAAUUGAAAGAACUAUGUCCUUUUUUGAAAAAUGUAUAUCUCCAUCAUAGAAAUGCAUAAUACUACUCAUAUAUACUAUAAGUAUACAAUUGUAUUUAACAUUGUCAUUUCUAAAAUUGCAAAUGUUAUACUUCAAGUGAUUGUUUGCAGAAUAAAACAGAACGGGAAAAGUAACACAUACUUGAUGGCUGUCACAAUCGGUUUUGCAAUAAAACGAGUUUUGCUGCAAAACCGGUUUUUACAUGGGGAACCUUUGAGAAAUCACAACCUGAAAUGAUUUACUUUAAUACGUCAUUCGAUGUAUUAAAACGAUUGAAAAAGAUAUCUUAUGCUUCAAAAUUUCUAAAUUACUAUUUUUAAAUAUUCACCUGUUUUAUAUGUAGGGCCAAUAUAUCAUAUGACUGUAAAGUACAUUUAUUACAUUCUUAAAGUAUAUUUUACUGUCAUCUCUCAAGAAAUCUUAAAUGAAUAAAAAUGUCUAUACAUA